AGUACUAUGGCGGAGACCAGCUCAUCAUCCUCGAAAAAGACACGAGUAUCCAUCGUUGGAAGCGGUUUAAUCGGGCGGAGUUGGGCGAUGCUCUUCGGCAGUGCUGGGUUCGAGGUUUGCAUGUUUGACGUCGACAAGUCCCAGUUAGAACAAGCCAAGACAGCCGUCCUAGAGCAGCUGAAGGACCUGGAGUCUCAAGGCUUGCUGCGUGGAACGCUCUCUGUUCAGCAGCAGUACGACAGCAUUGUAACCACCUCCAGUUUGGCAGACUGUGUGAAAGGCGCUGUCCACGUCCAGGAAUGUGUUCCAGAGACAGUAGACAUGAAGAGGAAAGUGUUCACACAGCUAGACAGUCUGGCGGAUGACCAAGUCAUACUCUGCAGUUCUUCUAGUGCCAUUGUCCCGUCCAAGUUCACAGAACAUCUUAAACAUAGGACAAAAUGUCUUGUUGCCCACCCAAUUAAUCCUCCAUUUUACUGCCGACUGGUGGAAUUAGUACCGGCUCCAUGGACGGACCUGGAAGCUGUGCAGACGACAAGGGACCUCAUGACGUCAAUUGGACAGGCACCAAUCACACUGAAGAAGGAGACCACAGGUUUCAUACAACCGCGUAUACAGCACGCUAUUCUAGCCGAAUGCUGCAGGCUUGUUCAGGACGAGGUGAUCAGUGUUGCUGACGUAGAAACAGCCGUUGUUGAGGGUCUGGCUCCACGUUACGCUUUCAUGGGCCCUUUCGAGACGUGCCAUCUGAACGCCAACGGUCUAAAAGACUACUUUGACCGUUUCGGGCAGACCAUAUACGAUGUUCAGAAGUCGUUUAACGUCCCACACCCAAUGCAGGGCGCGAAAGCAGAGGAAGCGGAGCGAGAGGUUACCCAGUGGGUUCCGUUAGAGGCCUUACCCCAGAGGCGUCAGUGGAGGGACAGAAGACUAGCUGCUCUUGCCAAACUUAAAAACGAGCUUGACAAUUCAUCAAAGUGAAUUUGAAAGCUUUUCAUCAUAUGUUUUUUUUUUAAUUCUACUUGAACAUUUAACUCUACCAGUAGAGUUGCAGUAUAUGUCUAUGGUGCAUACUUGUACUUAUGCUCUGAAGUAUGUGGGAAAGAAAAUGUGGCCAAGGCCUCUUCAGUCAGCCAUUUGACCAGUUGUGUGAUUAAAGCUGCACAU